CCUUAACAUAUCAUUAGCAUACUAUGCUUUGAUUGGUGGUGGACACUUAGCAUAUUUGGCUUUUAUUAUAUUGGAGAAGCUGAUUUUCCCUUUUGCUCAUUUUGACCUCCCUCUUUUAUAAUAAAGGUUUUCUCAGGGAUCAGGCUUGGGUGUCCGCCCGCCUGAGAGCAGCGAGGCUGAGCAGCCGACCGGAAGCUGGGAGUGCUGGUGGGCUUUCUGUCUGUCUUGUAGCUGCUCUGCUGGGCUAGUGCCUGGAGCCCAGGAUGGCAGUGCCUCUGGGUCUUUCCCCCUGAGCAGGUCGCUCCCUGCUGCGUACUCAGCCUCCUCCUGAGGGAAACGGCACGGCAGGUGCCUGCAGCCGAGGAGAAAGUGGCUGGGAGGGCCUCUGCACUCAAAAUGGAUAUGUUACUCAGUCCACCUCGAUCCCUCCGUCCCUCCCAGCAGCCCCGUGUGACCAUGCAGGGUGGUCCCAGGACAGAGAUCAGCCCCAGACAGUAAAGGCAUCCGUAGCCACCGCCACCGUUCAGUGCACACUGCCAUCACCUCUGACCUGGAAUCCUGACACAACCACUUACCUCUUGUCCCCUCCUGUCCCUUCUGUCCCCACGAAGGAGUGAGGUAGCUCUUUCAUGUCCCUCUUUACCUCUGAAGCCUCUCCUAAGUAGCCUCCCCCACCCCCUGCACCUCUGUGGGGCCACCCCCCUCUGUCAGUCCUGGUGCCUCACCUGGCCUCUCUGUGAAAACACAGCCCCCAGCCCCCUCCUCCUGAGAGUCCUCCAGGCCAGGGCACCUGCCACACCACCGGAGACGGCCGGCUCUGCCUGGGCCUAGGUGAGGUCUGCACCUCCAUGUGGGCACUGGUGCUCUGCGCGUGAGCCUGGCCCCUGUGCCGAGUGCCGAGCUGAACAGAGCCAGGAGGUCGUUGCUACUUGCCCCCCUGGAGUUCUGCUCUGGGAGCUGACUGCAGGGGAAGGGCCUGCUGAGCCCGUCAAGGCUGCCACCAGGCCAGCGAGCUCCGGCUCCGUCAGCAGAGAACACCGCUGCUCUUGGACCUGCAAGGCACACGGGAGGCUGCCUCCUGGGAUUCAGGGUGCGGAGACGCCCCACACUACCCUGUCGGGCCUCAGUGUGGGCGGCCUUUCCCAGAGAAGGGACUGCUUGGCAGGCUGCCUUCCCUGUAACUACUUGAAAGCCUAUUUCCGUAAUGGCCAUAAUGGGGCCUGACUAGGGAGCCAGGGCCUUCCUGCGGCCAGGUCCCUGGCGAGGGAAGAUGUGAGUGGUGAUGUGGAGGCUCAGUCUGCAGCGUCCGCUGAGCACGUGCCAGGCACCGAUCCUCAUCUGCCCUUGGAGGAGGGGUUACAAUCUCCAUUGGGGAAAUGGAAAUGGCAGCUCUCUAAGUGCCUGUUCAAGGCCACACCAGGCAGCGUGAGUUCAAACUCAGGACUCCUCAGGCCCCUGGGCCCUGCUGCGCCCUGGCACCAGGAGAAAUAACUGGUGCCCCUACCAGAAGUCCAGGCUGGUCACCUUCGUAGCUGCUUGCAAAACGGAGAAAUUCCUCAUUCACUCACAGCAGCCAUGCCUGCAGGGAGCUUCGGACUGCCAGAGAGUCAAAGUCAUGUACCGCAUAGCCCACAAGCCGGUGUACCAGGUCAAACAGAAGGUGCUGGCCUCCGUGGUCUGGAGGUGCUGCCCGGGCUUUGCUGGCUCUGACUGCCAGCACCAUGAUCCCGCUGCGACCCCUGAGCCCGCAGAUCCGGGUGACGACUUCCAGGAGCACUGGGCCGGGCCGGCUGACGUGGAACCUGUCUCGGUGCCCUAUGGUCUGCCCGGGCAGUCAGCCCUCAGUGCGUCUUUCUCACGUGUCCUCCAACCACCAGCUGCAGAGACCAGCAACAUCAGGGUGCGGCAGGAACGCCUGCUGAGAGGUCUCCAGAAUGACAUCCACCACCCGGCAGACAGCCUCCCAGGCCCGGGGACGGCCCCGGCAAGCAACCUCACAGCCGCAGUGACUGAGGCACAUGAGGAGUCGCUUGAGUUUCCCGGCAAGUCCUUGGAGCAGGUGCUGCCUUUCAGCCCCGUUUGGAGCGGCUUUAACCAGAGCCUGCACAGCCUCUUGGAGGCCGUCAGAAACCUCUCUCUUGAUGUGGAGGCCAACCGACAGGCCAUCGGCAUGGUCCGGGACAGCGCUGUGCCCAGGGCUGACUUCCAGGAGCUUGGAGCCAAGUUCGAGACCAAGGUCCAGGAGAACAGCCAGAGAGUGGGCCAGCUGCAGCAGGACGUGGAGGACCGCCUGCACGCCCAGCAGCUCUCCCUGCAGCAUUCGCUUUCCGAGGUCCAGGUGGACGUGGACACCAAGUUGAAGAGGCUCCUUAAGGCCCAGGAGCACCUGUCCAAUAGCAGCCUGGCGGCAGCCGCGGCUGGAGCAGGAGCCCGGCCUGAGCCGGAGAGCCUGCAGGCCCGGCUGAGCCAGCUGCAGAGGAACCUCUCGGCGCUGCACCUGGACACCAGCCACAGGGAAGAGGCGCUGCAGGGCACCCUGGCGGACAUGCAGGCGACCCUCGACCGGCACGUGGAAGAGAUCAAGGAGUUGUAUUCCGAAUCGGACGAGACCUUCGAUCAGAUCAGCGCGGUGGAGCAGCAGGUGGAGAAGCUGCAGGGAACCCAGCAGGAGCUGCGGGAGCUGCGCGUGGCCCUGAUGGAGAAGUCGCUCAUCGUGGAGGAGAACAAGGUGGACACGGACCGGCAGCUCCUGGAGCUCAACCUCACCCUCCAGCACCUGCAGGGCGGCCUCGCCGACCUCAUCAAGUACGUCACCGACUGCAACUGCCAGAAGCCCCCCGUGGGCCCGGACGGUACCCAGGAGGGCCCGGGGAACACCAUGCGCGACCCGGAGGGCGCCCACGGGAGCCUGGACCUGCGGCGCCCGGGGGAUGGCUCCUCUCUGCGGGCCCUGGAGCACGCCGUGGCGGCCGUGUCGCGGGGGCUGGAGGAACAGCGGGUGGAGGCCCAGCAGGCGGGCGCCGACCGGGCGAGGCUCCGGACGCAGCUGCGGGCGCUGAGCGGCCAGGCGGCCACGCUGCAGGCCGCGGAGGGCGAGCUGCGCCGGGCGGCGGGCGAGCUGCGCGCCUCCUUCGCGGCGCUGCUGGCGGACGCGCUGCGGCACGAGGCCCUGCUGGCCGCGCUCUUCGGGGAGGACGUGGUGGCCGAGGAGGCGCUGGGCCCGCUGGCCCUGAGCUACGAGCAGAUCCGCGUCGGCCUGCAGGACGCGGCCCUGGGGCUGCACGAGCAGGCGCGCGGCUGGGCCGGGCUGGCCGCCAGGGUGACGGCCCUGGAGCAGGCGGGGGCGGCCGGGGGCGAGGUGGCGGGGCCGGCCCGGGAGCUGCAGCGGCUGGGCGCCGACGUGCAGCGGCUGGGCCAGUGCUGCGCGGCCGGGGCCUCGGGCGCCGCCGCCCUCAACAGCUCCCUGCAGGGCCUGCACGGGGCCAUCUCCGCCGCCCAGCUCGGCCUGCAGCGGCACCAGCAGCUCUUCCACAGCCUCUUUGCGAACUUCCAAGGGCUCGUGGCAGCCAACGUCAGCCUAGACCUGGGGAAGCUGCAGGCCAUGCUGGGCAGGAAAGAGAGGAAGGAGCAGAAGGCCCUCGACGCUUCCCGGAGGAGGGACAAGAAGCAAGUGAGACCUUUGGCCGAUGCCGACGUCCACGGGCCGGUGCCACGAGCCCUGGGAGCCGAGCCUCAGGAGGCAGGCUCCCCCGUGGCCUUCUAUGCCGGCUUUUCAGGAGGGAUGGCUGCCCCGCAGACAGUGAAGUUCGACACUGCUCACAUCAACGUUGGCAACAGCUACUUCGCUGAAGAUGGCUACUUCCGAGCCCCUGAGCGCGGGGUCUACCUCUUUGCAGUGAGCAUUGAAUUUGGCCCAGGGCCAGGCGCUGGGCAGCUGGUAUGUGGAGGUCACCAUCGGACCCCCAUCGGUGCCGCUGAGGAGCAGCGGGGUGGAGGCGCGGCCACGGCCUUCGCUCUGGCCGAGCUGCAGAAGGGCGAGCGCGUGUGGGUGGAGGUGACCCAGGGCUCCGUGCGGCAGGGAAGCCCGCCUGGCACCGCCUUCGGGGGCUUCCUGCUGUUCAGGACCUGAGCCCGGGCACAGCCGACCCUGCGCCGGGACGUGCCCAGCUCUCCUUGCCCUGGGCUCUGACCAGGUGGCCGGGAGACCAUCCAGGUUGGUCUAGCUCUUCCCUGGAAACCCGCAAAGACAAUGGCCUCCCUCUGGAAGCUGCUCCUGGGCCGGCCCGGGCUGGGCGGGAAGCUGGGCCUGGUGGGCCUCCGUCCGAGGCAGCGAGGCUCGACUCCAGCUCUUGGCCGCUCGUCUUCUCCAGUGUCUGCUGUUUUGCUCCUUGUGGUUGAAAACCUCUGUACAACACUAACCUUUCUCCGGCUUCCUCAUGUUUCUAGUCCCUGCUAGAAAAGCAUUCUUUCCCAGAGAGAAUUUGGGAACUAGAAUAGAGGUGGCAUUUUGGACAAUCCGGGAAACCAGGCUCCAGUCACUGCCGGCAGGAGAAGACCAGCCGGUGAGGUCUGUCAGUCAGAAAUGAAAACUGGCUGAGUAUUAGGCGAAGGAAACACAAUUAGUAUCUUUUCCGUAGUCUCAGUCCUUCCUCGAAUGUACCUGUAACUUUAACUUCACCCCCUUUUCUCCUGCCGCACAUGGACAAAGGCCACGUGCGAACUGCGAGCUAACAUGUGUGCAGCUUUCACCCUUUCAUGCGCUCCCACGCCUGACCACCCUCAUUCUGAUUAGCAUCUCUAUCAGGAAGGGAGCUGAGGGAUGAGGAGGGAAGACGACUAAAAGUCUCCCUCAAUUUCAUCAUCUUUGGAAUCAAGCAGCAAGCUCUGCCCGGUGGGAAGGAUGUGGCGGGUGGAAAUGUGGGGCAAAAUAAAACGGUUUGCGGUAA